AUGAGAAUAGCAUCCAUUUCAUACUGUUCUAAGCUGAAUAUUAUGAGAAACAUGUUUCUCCUUAAUAGUUCUGGGAUUGAAAAGUCAAUAACACAUUGGCGGAAAGCAAUUGGUAUACUCAAUUCAGUUCUCUGGACCGAAAAUAUUUAUAAUAAUGUAAGGAAAUAA